CCGGGCUGUUCCACAUCCAGCAGUGGGCAGUCUCUGGACGCCCAGCCGUGCACUAUGGCGGCUGCUGUGGAGGUAACCGGGAGCAGCAGCUGCAGCGGCAGCAGCGACACGUCCAGCACCGGCGAGGAGGAGAGGAUGAGGCGCCUGUUCCAGACCUGUGACGGGGACGGCGACGGCUAUAUCAGCAGGAAUGAUUUAUUAAUGGUUUGCCGACAGCUGAACAUGGAGGACUCUGUGGCAGAGAUCAUGCACCAGCUUGGGGCCGACGAGAGUGGGAAAAUCUCAUUUCAUGACUUUACCAAAUGUCGUAUGCAACUUGUGCGAGAGAUCAGAAAGGAGGAAGUGGACUUGUCUGAUGACUCGUGCAAGAACAAAAAGCUGCGUAACCAAAUUACCUCUUGGCCGGCUGGAAGUGACCAUAGCCUAGGUGCCUUAUCUGGAGCUCGGGAAAGCUGGGAAUAUGAUUCUGGAGCUCGAGAUCUACAAAGUCCAGAUCCACAAAACCAUUCAGUGAUGCAGAAAUUUUUGGCGUUUGGGGGUAAGGCCACCACUCAAGCAGCCCUACAGAAACUUCUUUCUCAAAGCUCGUGUCUCACCAACAAUGUGGGGGGAAGUUACCUGGAACUUGCCAACACUCUCCAUCUUGCAGCCCUGGCUUCGUUAAAAGGAGACAUAGUGGAGCUAAAUAAGCGUCUUCAGCAGACGGAGCGGGAGAGAGACCUCUUGGAGAAAAAACUUGCCAAAUCUCAGUGUGAACAGUCUCAUCUGAUGAGGGAACAUGAGGAUGUACAAGAGAGGACAACAUUACGAUAUGAAGAGAGAAUCACUGAGCUGCACAGCAUCAUCGCAGAGCUAAACAAGAAGAUCGACCGGCUUCAAGGGACAACAAUUAGAGAAGAAGAUGAGUAUUCUGAGUUGCGGUCAGAACACAGUCACAGCCAGCUUGAAGCCAAUGAUGACUCUCGCAGCGUGGACCAGGACCAAACCUCAGUUUCUGUGUUAGAAAAUCAGUCCACAAUGGUCACAGUGGAUAUGGAUAACUGCAGUGACCUGAACUCCGAGCUGCAGAGGGUCCUGACAGGUCUAGAAAAUGUUGUCUGCGGGAGAAAAAAGAGUAGCUGCAAUUUGUCUGUGGCAGAAGUUGAUAGACACAUCGAGCAGCUGACAACAGCCAGUGAACACUGUGACCUGGCCAUUAAGACUGUGGAAGAAAUAGAGGGUGUCCUGGGUCGGGAAUUAUACCCCAAUUUGGCAGAAGAAAGGUCACGAUGGGAAAAAGAGCUGGCUGGUCUGCGGGAAGAAAACGAAAGUCUCACCGCCAUGCUGUGCAGCAAAGAGGAAGAUCUCAAUAGGACCAAGUCUACUAUGAACGCCAUCCGUGAAGAAAGGGAUAGGCUUCGGCGAAGAGUGCGAGAGCUGCAGACACGACUACAGAGUGUUCAGGCAACUGGUCCUUCCAGUCCUGGUCGGCUCACUUCAGCAAGUAGACCGGUCAACCCGAGCACUGGAGAGCUUAGCACAAGCAGCAGCAGUAAUGACAUUCCCAUAGCAAAGAUUGCAGAACGGGUAAAGUUGUCGAAGACCAGGUCGGAAUCUUCCUCAUCAGAGAGGCCAGUUCUUGGCUCAGAGAUCAGCAGCAUUGGGGUGAGUUAUAGUGUGUCAAGCAGUGUGGCUGAACACCUGGCUCAUUCCUUACAAGAUUGCUCCAAUAUCCAAGAGAUCUUCCAGACACUUUACUCCCAUGGUUCUGCUAUAUCGGAGAGCAAAAUUAGAGAGUUUGAGGUGGAGACUGAGCGGUUAAAUAGUCGAAUCGAGCACUUAAAAUCCCAGAAUGAUUUGUUGACAAUAACACUGGAGGAGUGUAAGAGCAAUGCCGAAAGAAUGAGCAUGCUGGUGGGGAAAUAUGAAUCGAAUGCAACUGCCCUUAGGCUGGCUCUACAGUACAGUGAGCAGUGUAUCGAAGCAUAUGAAUUAUUGCUGACGCUUGCAGAGAGUGAGCAGUCUCUCAUUCUGGGCCAGUUCAGAGCUGCCGGAGUUGGAACUGUAGCUGAGCAAACCGGAGAUGAGAACAUCACACAGAUGCUGAAGAGAGCACACGACUGCAGGAAAACUGCAGAGAAUGCUGCAAAAGCCCUUCUGAUGAAGCUGGACGGCAGCUGUGGGGGGGCCUUUGCAGUCACUGGAUGUAGUGUCCAACCAUGGGAAAGUCUGUCCUCAAAUAGCCAUACAAGCACCACAAGUUCUACAGCCAGUAGCUGUGACACAGAGUUUACAAAAGAAGAUGAGCAGAGGUUGAAGGAUUACAUUCAGCAGCUGAAGAAUGAUCGGGCUGCAGUUAAACUCACUAUGCUCGAGCUGGAAAGCAUCCAUAUUGAUCCUCUGAGCUAUGAUGUAAAGCCUCGGGGAGACAGCCAGAGACUAGACUUGGAGAAUGCGGUCUUGAUGCAAGAGCUCAUGGCCAUGAAGGAGGAAAUGGCUGAGCUCAAGGCGCAAUUGUACCUGCUGGAGAAAGAGAAGAAAGCCAUGGAACUUAAACUGGGUACUCGAGACGCCCAGGAACAGGCCUACCUUGUCCACAUUGAGCACCUCAAAUCUGAAGUGGAAGAGCAAAAAGAGCAGAGAAUGCGCUCACUGAGUUCAACCAGCAGCAGUGGCAAGGACAAGAUGGGAAAGGACUCCAUAGAUGGAACAGCUCUGUCCUUGUCUGAGUUGAGAACGUACACUGAUGGUGAAUUAGCCACAGAGCUCACAAGUGCACUGAAAAGGGAAAAGAAGCUGAAGUCUCGGGCACAAGAGCUGGUGAGCGCCCUAGAAAGACUCACGAAGAGCAGUGAAAUCCGGCAUCAGCAGUCGGCCGAGUUUGUCAAUGACUUGAAAAGAGCUAAUAGCAACCUUGUGGCAGCUUAUGAAAAAGCAAAGAAGAAACAUCAGAAUAAGCUGAAAAAACUGGAGUCCCAGAUGAUGGCAAUGGUGGAGAGACAUGAGACACAAGUGCGGAUGCUGAAGCAGAGGAUAGCUUUACUAGAAGAGGAGAACUCCAGACCUCAUACUAAUGAGACAUCACUGUGAACCAACAUGCAACACACGACAAUGGCUUCUCUCCUCUACCCAAAGCACCACUUCUGAGCUGUCUGCUCCUGGGUGUGACUGGAUGGACUAUACACUUGCUCUCCACAUAUUGCUGGUAGGAACACAAGGAAAUAUACGUCCUCCUUGGUAUGGGCCAGAUACUCUUCUGUUGUGUCCCAGUAGCAUGUCACACUUGCACAGCAGGGGGCGUCACAUCUUGUGUGGUAUGCAGGUAGAACUGAAUGCUCCUUUACUUGAGGAGUAUGGAAACUUCCGUAACCCUCUUGGACUCAAGAGAGGUGCUAUCACUACCAGCAAAAACUAUGAAAGAUUCUGCUGCUGGGGAGAGAUUUCUCCAGUGUCGUCAACCAAUACAUUGAACCGCUGCAUCAGCUCAGCCAGAGGGUGCUCGCCCUACAGCUUUAAUACAUUCAUGUACACAGAUGCAGAGCUGUGUUUCUUAGUACACUGUGAGUAAAAGUGCUUUGAUUUCCUUUCUUCUGGAAGCUGUCAAAAUAUAUUCAUAGCCUAUUUUUUUAUGUGUUGCUUUUUAAUAUAUACAGGAUAUUGUGUUUACCGAACCACUUACGUUUUUAAUUCUAUUCCGCUCGAAAGUACAGAACACCUUAACAUUACCUGGGAGUCAGCGGUGAAACACAAGGACGCUGGUUGGUGAUUAUAGAAGGGCGGUUUCUUCUGCUAAGAAUUCAUUUUUUUCCCUACAUAUGUCCAUCAGAACCAGCUUUGUUCCCAGUUAGUAAGGACCACAGGGUUCAUCAUCCCAAUCCCUUUCCACGCUAACGCACACAGUAAGCUGGGAGUUGUGUGAAAAUGUGAACGCAGCAGUUUAUACCCUACAACUUCUAGACCUUCCUGUUCCCUGUCGAGAAGGACGCUCAUCUGUAAAACAAAGAUGCACUUUAAAAGUUAUUUGCUAAGGUCCUUGUUUUGGUAAGUUUUACAGAUGAAGUUUUAGCUCCAGCAUAAUGUCCAUAAUCAAGGCAUAAACUGCACAUUCCGUGCCGGGAACCAGCGACUCCACAGACAGAAAUGUAGAGAAUACAAGUAAGCGCGGCAGUGAAUUGAUGCCAUUGUUAGGGCAGUAGACAGUAUAUGUCAUUUUCAUAAUCCUGCUGCAGAACUGAAACAAGGGGCGCGCUAUCCCCGUUCUUGUCUGUAGUAAGGGGAGCUGGAAAUCAGUUCUUGGUUAGGAUUGUUUGGUUCCAGACCCUACAAGGGGGAAAUCGCUGCUUUUCAGCCAAUGAGAAUGAAUGACCCGGUGCUUAGGAUACAGUUCUACAGUCUCGGUAUGUAAUCAGUGGUGGAAAUGUAUGGAAAGGCGUUUCUUCAUUAGCCAAGGAUCAAAAUCAUCAUCAUCUUCUUAAUAGAGUCAUUGGCUAUUGCCAUAGGCAGCCCUGGCCAGCUGACAACAGCUCUGGUAAUGAUGGAGGAUGAAAUAGGUGAGAAUUAUUUUUUCCCCACAAAUGCUGCCAUGGUUGACUUUUUCCUUAAUAACUCAGGCAACCCCUUUAAACGAUCUGCACCAGUUUUGUGAAGUUAAAAAGUGGCAUACUAUGGCACACAAUGAUUUGCGUCAUUCCCCUCCUCCAGCCAGUGAGUGGGGUUAGGGGGGGAGGACAGAGGGGCUGAUCUCCAUCAGAGAUUUACCAAUACCUACAACAAAAUUGUAGUGCACAUCUACACAUGCAUAGAUUUCAGUUUCAGAUGUAAGGACAGCAAAGAAAUCUGACUCUUCAUAAAUUUGACUUAUUUUGCUCCCAACAAAUAUGGAUUAAAGAGGACCUUUGAUGGGAUUUUUUUUUAUUAAACUAGUACUUUGGUAAGUAGUCCGCCUGCUGAAGCUGCUAUUGCUUAUUUUAUCUCAAAAUAGUCCCCUCCGUUGGUCUCCUCCCUGUACUGAUGGUACUAAUUAACAUAUUGGGCACCAGAACACACAGGGGUGCAUAGCAGCGCAAUGGAGGGGACGACUUGAGAACAAAAAAAAGCAAUAGCAUCUGCAGCAAGCGGACUAGUAGCGGUACUGGUUUAAAAAAAAAUCCCAUGAAAAGUCCUCCUUAAAGGGAACCUGUCACCGGGAUUUUGUGUAUAGAGCUGAGGAAAAGGAUUGCUAGAUGGCCACUAGCACAUCCGAAAUACCCAG